UUCAGUCGUCAUGGAUGUCUGCCAUUUUCAGGCCUUGUCUGUUCGUUCUUUUCCAUUUUGACGUCACUAUUCUCUCAUAAUCUGCUUGGUGACUCAGAAGAAUGAGAAACAAACUUAAAAGUUGACUUUUCUUUUGUUUUGUUUUGCGUUCUGUUGGUUUUUAGAUAAUGAAAAAUAUGGUUCCACUGCUUGUUUUCUGUCUGGGUGUCUGAGUGAAGGAGAAUUCAGGAUUCAUCUAAGAUGAUGGAAUUUCCCCUUCUUUUCUCAGCAACCAAACUGAAUUUUGGUUUUCCCAAUUGAAGUUUUUGUAUUACAUAUACUCCAAGGCCUUGUAUUUGGUGGUGUAUCACACGAUAUUGUUCCGAAACUUGAAAUUCCUUUCUGUUUCUUCGCUUGCCAACUGUUUGUCAAAGCACGUAUUGUGGAUAUAUAGGAAAUCGAAGCUGUUUUUUUCUUUACCCCCAUAAAAAUUUAGUGUGAUUAAUUGACUAUCAAGUGCCAUUGUAAGCGCACAUACUAUUUUUGAAAAUGCUCCAGAAUCCGGAAUAUGCUGUUAUACAUUUGUGGCAUGGAUCAAUUGUUGCGGUUAGUUUAUGAAGGUCUGAUGACUUUCAGCUAUUGUCUGGCAUGUAAAUUUCACGUGGCAGUAGGAUUAUAUCUCAAUAGAUCUAGAUCAAACUUUUUACCUUGGUAAAGCUCACACCAUAGGAUUUCUGGAAUAAGAGAACUCUUUUAAUCAUUAUCAUCCAUUGAAGUAUGUUGUUUUGAAUAUAUUCCAGUAUAUCAGUGAGAAGUUCAACUAGAUAUGCUUGUGGCUGUUUGCUACAAUUUGCUGACAAUUUGACUAGAUAGGCAAUUUGGGUCAAUGAUAAACUAGUACCAUCCAUGUAACUGGUAACGAGUGGAUGUUUCCCUGUUCUUUCACCAGUUUGAUUAACCUUUUUGGGUGGAAUUUUAUGCAAUGCUGGCCAGGAAAGAUAAAUUAUAAUGCCAGGGGAUGGUUUUUUCUGUUCAAUGCCGUGGAUUAUGUUAGUCAAAAGAUGUUAACACAAAGUUGGAACUAGGAAUUGUGGAAGAAAAGGGGAAGGAAAGAAAAUAGUAGUUCUAAAGUGCAUGUCAAAAUUCAUGCAAGAGUUUUUUUUUUUUUUUUCAUUUUCCUUUCCAUUGGAAAACAGAGGCUAAAGUGGUUAGCCCUCGCAGGGUUUUUUCAUAUUCUGCCAGGAGAUGUCUAUGAGACUACGAAUAAAUGACAUCAUGACAACCUAUUGUUUGUGGUGGCAAAUUAGGGAAAUCUCUUUCAUUCAUUUUUAAGCUGAUUAAUUUUUCUUGAAAGCAUUGCUUCUUAUUUCAAUUUCAUUAAUGUCUCAUUACUUAUCUGUAUCUAUCAUACCCAAUCUCUCUGAUAGAUUGCAUUACUCAAAUUCAAUACCAAGUAAUAUUUUCUAAAAUGAUUAGAGUUGUGCCAUGGUCAUCCGAUACCAUUAUUGAGACAAUUCAAACAAUGCAUGUCACUUGGUUCAUGUAUUUGGAAUUUUUGCAGGGUGAGAAGCGAUUGAUUUGGAUUCAGAACCAGCUGAUAAAUGGUUACUAAGCUUGGUCUAUAGGUGCAUAUUUUGCAAUAUGGAUCAUGGAGGUCUACUUGUUUGUCAAACAGAACCAAGAAGAUUGCUUUGGCUAUUCGGUUUAAUUUUGGCGGUAGUUCUGACUUUUCAGCAUUUUGAAUUUCCAUAUGGCAGCGCUUUAUCAUCCCUCCUUUCCAGUGGCAAAGUUUCCUUCCAGGAAAUUAGAAGCUUACCCGCUGGAGAUAACUCUGAGCUGUCCGGAAAUGCCACACUGUUGAAUGGUUUAACCUCAACUAGCACGCAUACAAUACACAAUACAAGAAACAUUACUGGAGUCUCUGAUUUGGAGAAAGAAACUAAUGGUGUGAAUGAAGGAAAAGACAGAGGAACCAGGACUGAUGUGGCACCAGAAAGAAAAAGAAGCCCAAGUGGUGCUUUGGGACCUGUAAAUGAAGGAAAUUCACAAGAGAAUCGUGAAGAGCAGCACAAUAAUGCAGGCCUGGUCAAAUUUAAAAAUUCAGAAAAUGGUAUGGCACUAGAGAAGUCUGGAGAACAUAAAACCAGCAUUUCAUCAAAUAAUCCAAGUGCAGCUGCUACGAGGAAUUUUAACACCGACACAUCUUUUGUGCACAAGGAUGUAAGAGACAAACUUACCAAGGAUGAAAAAUCUGGUAUGCUGCAGAGCAAUUCCUCCCUGUCAAACUACAGUUCCAUGGUGAAUCAAAGUUCUGGAAUGCCAAUAUCAGAAGUACUAUCAAUAUCAAAGAUGAAUGCUCUAUUACUACAGAGUCAUGCAUCACCCCAUUCAAGGGAACCAUUGUGGUCUGCGCCAGUUGAUCAAGAAUUACUCUACGCGAAACAACAGAUUGAGAAUGCACCCAAUGUCAAGAAUGACACAGAACUUUAUCCACCUCUCUAUCAAAAUGUUUCAAGGUUUAAGAGGAGUUACGAAUUAAUGGAGAAUAUGCUCAAAGUAUACAUCUACAAGGAAGGAGAAAAACCCAUUUUCCAUGAAUCAAUACUCGAAGGGAUAUAUUCUUCUGAGGGAUGGUUCAUAAAGUUGAUGGAAGCAAGCCAUCAUUUUGUUACAGAAGACCCUGGAAGAGCUCAUUUAUUUUACAUACCUUUUAGUUCACGGUUGCUACAAUUGACAAUUUAUGUUCCCAAUUCACAUAAUCGUAGUAACCUAAUACAGUACAUGAAGGAUCAUGUUGAAAUGCUUGCAGCAAAGUAUCAUUUCUGGAACAGAACUGGUGGAGCAGAUCACUUUGUUGCUGCUUGCCAUGACUGGGCCCCAGCUGAAACAAGAGGACGGAUGACCAGUUGCCUCAGAGCCCUCUGCAAUGCUGAUAUCAAAACAGGCUUUGACAUAGGCAAGGAUGUUUCUCUUCCAACAACAUAUGUGCGCUCGGCUGAAAAUCCUCUCAAAGGUAUUGGAGGUGAACCUCCUUCCAGGAGGACAGUCCUUGCUUUCUUUGCUGGGUACAUGCAUGGUCCUGCCCGCCCUGUUUUAUUGGAAUACUGGGGAAAUAAAGACCCGGACAUGAAAAUCUUCAGCCGGUUGCCUCCUGUCCGGGGAAAUAAGAACUACAUCCACCUAAUGAGGAGCAGCAGGUACUGCAUUUGUGCAAGAGGCUAUGCAGUGCACAGCCCACGGGUUGUGGAGUCUAUCUUCUACGAGUGUGUCCCAGUUAUUAUAUCUGACAACUAUGUUCCUCCAUUUUUUGAGGUUUUGAACUGGGAAUCCUUUGCUGUCUUUGUCUUGGAAAAGGAUAUUCCAAAUUUGAAGAAUAUACUCCUCUCCAUCACAGAAGAGAAGUAUCUUGAGAUGCAAAAGAGGGUGAAAAUGGUGCAGCAGCAUUUUCUUUGGCAUGCUGAACCUGUAAAGUAUGAUUUGUUUCAUAUGAUUCUUCACUCUGUUUGGUACAAUAGAAUUUUUCAAAUUAGACAUACUUGAAUCCUUUCCAUAAGUUUUUGAAUGGAAAGGCUGAAGAGACAGAAUCUUCUUUGUAUCAAUAAUAUAUUAACACACAGUUUAAACUUUUUGUUGACAAA